UCAGUCGCUAGCCGACGAAGCCGCGAGCACACUUAGUCCGCCGCGCGAUCGGUCGUGUAUUGUCGCGUAUAUAUAUAUAUAUAUAUAUAUAUAUAUAUUUGCACGUUUCGUUUAGGUGAAACAAGUACGUAAUUUCUCGAGUGAAAAAAGUGACCGAUCACCCGCUGGAGAUGCUGUGGUGAUGCAUCUCCGCGAGUGGCUCGAAGACGAUGGGUAAGCCGGUGGUGUCCGGCGCUACUUCCUGGCAGUUCACCACCGGCGGGAACAGCAACUCCGAGGAGCCCAGACGAUCUCAGCGCAACAAGGACCUCGAGGAAAUCAGGCGCAAUGCUCUCGCUGCCAAGCGUAAAUUGCGAGGCAGGCCCAUCAAACAGAGGAACAGAUCCAAGUUGGAGAAGACUCUUGGACAGUUUGCUUCGAAGAGGAGAGAUAUUGAAGAAGCAGUGCAGUUCCCAAAUCCUAUACUGCUAAGCAGCUCCAGGAACGAGGAAGACCAGAGCCAGGGGAAUGAUUCUCAUCUUUUCAGUUUUAAAAAGAAUCCUCAAAAUCAAGAUUCUACUACUGAAAAUACAAAAAUCAUCGGUGAUAAAAUACUACAGAAACCUUUGAAUUUAAAAGGGUUCUUUAGAGCUGGAAUAAAGGGAAAGCAGCUGACAAGACCCCUUACAUCUACUGAAAGAUUUAAACAAGCAGUAUUGAACAAUGAUGCAUUGCAAAUUUUCCAAAGUGGUAACUUUCUUAGACCAAAACCAAGUACACCUGUAGAAGAUUUAGAUCCAGCGAUAAAAAUGGAAAUUUCAAAGGUUUUAAAGGAGUUUACUGAUAGUUCUGACACUGAUGACCCUGUAUCGGUUGAAAAUUUGGAACCUAGUCCUGUAUUUAAAAGGCUCAGAAAAAAAACUACUGCAGUGAAAUCAGAUAGCAAUGAAGUAUUAAAAAAUAUAACUUCUCCAAACAAUGAGUUUGUAUUCACGAAUAAGCACAUUACAAAAGAGGAUAAAUGCAAAAGGCGUUUAUUUGAGGAGGAGAAUUCUGUUGUAAAUAAUGGGAAUCCCAAAUAUAAUAAUAAUAGUCAAUACGAGGAUAAUGAUGCAAUAAGAUUUUCUCAGAGAAAAUCGACACCUGAGAAUGUUAUAUUUUUCAGUGAAUAUGUACCUGCAAAAAAUGUAGAUAAUACAAUUAAAAAAAAUAAUCAUAAUAUAAGUCCUACAGACCCAAAAUUAAUCAAGUUUUACAUUCAAACUUGUAAAAUGAUAGCAAAGAAUGAGUUCAAAGAUGUUUUUGGAAAUAUUCUUGAAGAACCAUUCAAGAAUGCAAAAGCAGUUUUAAAAGCUACAUAUGCAAGUACAUUAAAAAAUCAUUUUAAUCAACAAAAAAAUGUUAAAGACAAAGAGAGAUCUGAGUCAGUUGAUCGACUCACUGAAUCAAGUACCUCUGAAAUCAUGGUAGAACCUGAUUCAGCUGUAUUCAGGACACUAAAGAAAAAUAAAAAUCUACAGAUUCAUAGUACGCAAAGCUUAAAAUGCGAAUUAGAUAAUAAUUCAAAUGCUUCAUUUAACAAUAAUGAUGCAGAAAAAGAUAUACUGGAUGUAGGAACUGUUCCAAAUCAUCACUUAUUAAAAAGAAAGUAUGCAGCUUCGUCUAAGAGUGGACACAGCGACAUAGAAGUCCCUUCAUCAGUCAAAGUGAACGUUGAUCUCGAUAGCGAAAGGAUGACUAACAAAAUGGAUUUAGUACAUCCUGAUCGUCAAGAGCUUACCGCCCGUUACUUGAAUGAUGUUGAUCUUAACAGUCAACAAGAGAUUAAACUAUGUAGCUCGGAUAAUCAAAGAGAUUUCGACAGAGGAUUCCGUCUUCAUUACGAGAAGGAGAAGCUUCAUAUAGGUGACAAUAAUGUUAAGAAAACCUAUUUUGUAUCCAAAAGUACAAAGCAUAUCCCAAGUAUUUUGAGAAAAAGUCGGCCUACUGUCGACUGCGUGUCUGAUGAAAAGGUUUUAUUGAGUAUAGAAAAAGGCCCAGAGCAUAAAGAAAUAAGUAAGAAAGCGCUAAUGCGUGAUAACAGUGGCCAUAAUGUGAUAAGUGAGCGUACUCCAAACUGUAGUAAUCUGACAUCCAAUCAAGCAUUAGAAGCUCCAAAAUGUAAAUACGUAUACAUGAACGCGAAAUACAAUCAACCUCCGAGAAUCAGUGCUCCUAUGCAGGUCAGAAGAUUGCAGAGAAAUCCUUCUUCGCAGAAGAUGCACUUAUUUCCAGCACCUCAUGAGGCCAGAAGAAGCUUCACUUUAUCUCAAAGUUUUGAGUUGUCGCCAAUUAAAAAGCAAGUGAGUUUUUCAGACGACUUGAAUGAUUUCCAAAUAUUCCAGUUGUCACAAGGUAGCUCUAGUGAGAUACAAGAAAGAACGAACCGCUUGACUCUCCAUUCAAGUCAAAACUGCUCGCAAGAUAGUGUGGAUCAAAUGUUCACUGCGCCGGAUAUUCACUGUAGCUCACGUAAAGAUUUAUGCUACAGCAAUUGCGUACCUUGCAACCCUCAAAAUGCAGUGCAUAACAGAGGGCCCACGUUGCAGGCAUGCGAUGCACCGUUUAAUUCCAACGGCAACUGCCACUCACAAAGCGUGAUAGCGUGUAAGGACUACCAAUUGCAGUCUGUGGAAAAUCGCGCCAUUCAAGGCGCCGAUGUCCAUAACUGUUGCGCGAUGAACGAAUGCCAGAUGUACAAAAGUCAUGGGCCUCAGCGUUCACAGCAGCAUCAGGAGUCUCUGAUGGCUUGUAUGCAGAAGCAAAGUUCGCGUCAGCCGGUGAAGUUCAUCGCCAUCGAGGGCAACAGGAUGCCACAGAGACGACCAAUCUACGGUGUUGAGGAUACCAAUAUCUGCUCGCACACGCACAAGCCAUCGGCUUCUAGUCAGCAGUACAGCCAGGUGAUAAAUCCUGGCUACGAGAGAGCUGCGCCGGAGUAUGCGCGUUACGCUGUGUCUUCGAUUCCGUGUCAUUCGCGAGAGGCCGUAAAAUACGACAACGUACAGAGGGAGCCGAGUUUCACUGGCAACGAAUUUUCGGGCCCUGGUAGGAACAUCGUGAAUUUCAUACCAAACAGCAUGUCGGAUCAGAAUUUUGUUUCUCAACAGAAUAUACCGAUACACAGAGAUGUUCACAAUCAGAGAUACGUUGCGCCGGUACAGGUGCAAAUCCCGUCGCCAGUGUAUACACACCAGGUUGCGUAUCAACAACACAAUCAUCGUAGUAAUAAUGAGGUUUACAAAGUAAACGAUAUUUAUUUGCAACAGGUGAAUCAUAAUGCUCAUCAGAAGAGGCCGUAAAAGUAAAUGUAUAAUUUCCUUGCCAUAAAAAACUCUAAUCAUUGUAUAAUAGAAACUCGUAGGUAUUUGCUUAUUAAUACUGAUGACGUUACGCAGUAACAAAAAAAGACAAUAUAGUUUUCGUUAGUUUUACGAAUGUUUGCAAGUAUAAACCAGAAAUAUCGGUGGUAUGUAUACAUAUGAUGUAAAUCCGAAUUUCCGUUCGCUGUGAUUCAGCGAGAAAGUGUGCAAUUGUGAUCGUUCAUUUUGCUCGCUGAAGAUGUAUAACUGAUAAAUACAUGCAUAUUUAUUUUGGUAAAAUAA